CGGAGCACCGUCUGUCGCACCGCCACCUCCUUCUUCUUCUUCCUCUUCUUGUCGCUGUUUGGGAGGAAGAAGGGCGAGGAUACUAUCAUGGCUUCAGUUUCUUCACAGAUCUCAGGACUUCAGACAGAUGAGGAGGAUAACAGAAUCCUGAAGGUGAAAGUCAUUGCUGGAAUUGGACUGGCCAAAAAGGAUAUUCUUGGAGCCAGUGAUCCCUAUACCAGACUGUCCCUCUACGAUCCUGUCACUGGAGAGAUCGCAAGCCUUCAGACCAAAACCAUCAAAAAGACACUGGACCCCAAGUGGAAUGAAGAAUUUUUUUUCAGAGUUGAUCCCAAGAAGCAUCGUCUGCUGUUUGAGGUGUUUGAUGAGAACCGGCUGACACGUGAUGACUUCCUCGGACAGGUGGAUGUCCCCUUAAAUCAAAUACCGACAGAAAAUCCUAACACUGAAAGGCCAUACACAUUCAAGGAUUUUCUGCUUCACCCACGAAGUCACAAGUCCAGGGUUAAAGGUCAUCUGCGUCUAAAAAUGACCUACCUGCCAAAAAACCCAGGUUCAGAGGAGGAAACUGCAGAUCAGACUGAGGACAACGAUCCUGGUUGGGAGCUUCUGGAGGCGCAUGAUAUGUCAGGUCCCAGACAAAACCAGAUCCUGCCUCCUCUUCCUCCUGGCUGGGAGGAGAGGCAAGAUAAUCUGGGAAGGAUCUACUAUGUUAAUCAUGAAACCAGAACCACACAAUGGCAACGGCCCACCAUGCUAGACGGCAAUUUGGAAGUUCAACGAAGACAGAACAAUAAUACGGAUGCGGCGCAUGUUUUCAUAACACGCAGACAGAUCUCAGAACAUGAGGAUAGCACACAAGAGUCUCCAGAGAGCUGGGAGAUCAUUACAGAGGAUGAUUCCACCCAGUACCACAGUAGUAACCAGCACAGAUCACCUUCACCCCGCACCCCAGUGGAGUUCCACUCGCUGUGUGAUGAAAUGAGGAACGUUAACAUCUCCGCGGCCGCAGCUGGCGAGCAGCGCUCCUCCCAGAUUGAACACGGCAGUAAUUCGAGGCAUUCCAGUCGCAGAGGAAGUGCCCAGACCUCAACAGGAGAGGAACAUCCUGCUAAUCCUGUGCUGCUUCCAACCACAACUGGGUUACCUCCAGGCUGGGAGGAAAAGCGAGAUAGUAAAGGAAGACGCUAUUAUAUCAACCACAACAACCGAACCACUACAUGGACACGACCUCUUGUGCAGAGAACUUCAGAGGCAGCACCAGCACCACCAUCACCAUCACCAUCAGCAGCACCAUCAGCAGCAGCAGCACAGAAUAGUGCAGGCUUAUCACAAAGCCCUACACCAUCCCAACCAUCAGCACCAACAGAGGAGUCUCCUCAGCACACUCCAAGCCCCGAGGCCUCGCGAGAAUCUGGCUUCCUGCCGGUCGGCUGGGAAGUUCGCAGUGCACCCAAUGGAAGGCCAUUUUUCAUCGACCACAAUACCAAGACAACUACCUGGGAAGAUCCCAGGCUAAGGAUUCCUGUACAAAUGAGAAGGAGAUCCUCGCUUGAUCCUUCUGAUCUCGGCCCUCUGCCGCCUGGCUGGGAGGAGAGGGUCCACAGUGAUGGCAGGGUGUUCUACAUAGAUCACAACACAAAGAACACACAAUGGGAAGAUCCCAGAUUGCAGAACGCUGCUAUAACUGGACCAGCAGUGCCUUACUCUAGAGACUACAAACAGAAGUAUGACUACUUCAAGAAGAAGCUGAAGAAACCGGCUGACAUCCCAAACCGCUUUGAGAUGAAGCUGAAACGAAAUGCAGUGCUGGAGGACUCGUACCGACGCAUCCUCUCGGUCAAGAGGCCAGACCUGUUGAAGGCGCGACUGUGGGUGGAGUUUGAUGGAGAAAAAGGACUGGACUACGGUGGCGUGGCCAGGGAGUGGUUCUUCCUAAUGUCCAAAGAGAUGUUCAACCCGUACUACGGGCUGUUCGAGUAUUCUGCCACGGACAACUACACACUGCAGAUUAACCCCAACUCAGGUUUAUGCAACGAGGACCACCUGACCUACUUCAAAUUCAUCGGCCGCGUGGCAGGCAUGGCCGUGUUUCACGGCAAACUCCUCGAUGCUUUCUUCAUUCGGCCCUUCUACAAGAUGAUGCUGGGGAAGCCAAUCACCCUCCAGGACAUGGAGUCUGUUGACAGUGAAUAUUUCAACUCCCUGAAGUGGAUUUUGGAGAACGACCCAACAGACUUGGACAUGAGGUUUACUAUUGAUGAAGAGCUGUUUGGACAGACUCACCAGCAUGACCUGAAACCCGAUGGCUCAGAGAUUGUCGUCACCAAUGAAAACAAGGAUGAAUAUAUCCACCUGGUGAUUCAGUGGAGGUUUGUGAACAGAAUACAGAAGCAGAUGACUGCCUUCAAGGAGGGAUUCUUUGAGUUGGUACCGCAAGAUCUGAUCAAGAUCUUUGAUGAGAAUGAGCUCGAGCUGCUCAUGUGUGGUCUUGGAGAUGUGGACGUGAACGACUGGAGAGCGAACACGAAGUAUAAGAACGGCUACUGCUCCAACCACAUGGUUAUCCAGUGGUUUUGGAAGGCGGUGCUGCUGAUGGAUGCAGAAAAACGAAUCCGGCUCUUACAGUUUGUGACGGGAACAUCCAGGGUCCCGAUGAAUGGCUUUGCUGAACUCUAUGGCUCUAAUGGACCACAGCUCUUCACCAUCGAGCUUUGGGGAACGCGUGAAAAACUUCCUAGGGCCCACACAUGCUUUAAUCGGCUGGACCUUCCUCCGUACGAAUCCUUUGAGGAACUGAGGGAGAAACUUAACAUCGCUAUAGAGAAUGCACAAGGCUUCGACGGGGUGGAUUAGUGCAUACGUGGGAAAUGAGAUGAACUGACAUUGCUGUCAUCAGAGUAGAGCAAAGUUCCGUGAUGCUCCUGGGGAAAAAAUACAAAAACAACAAAAAAGCUGUGUAUCAGACUCAGGUUUUAACCUGCCGGCUGUGAAGAUGGACAGCAACAAGACUCACAUGAGUCCUCUGUCGGGGCCCACCUGAAGAAAGGACAUGAAAUCUGGAGUGACGGAGGUGGUUUUACGUCACCCUGUGUGUUGUAAAGUUUACAAAUCAGGUUAUCUUAGUAUUUAAUUCUCUGAUGCAAGUCGCUCAAAGGUGUAUUCACUCUUAUUUGUUCUGCGAAAACACUCAAAUAUUUAAAUAACUUGAUUCUGUGAAGCGAUAACAGUAUGUGAAUGUGAUUAACAGCUGUACAGUUUAUGAUAAAAAAUUAUCUUUUAAAAAUGGACAUUUGAUUUAGUUUUAGUCACUUUUUGCUCAGCCAGAUGCAUAAAGACAGAUGUGUACACACAUCCUUUCAGUCACAUUGUCCUCUCUUAAUAACAUCAGUGUUUGUGAAACUGUAAAUACAUGAACAAGCUUUUCCACUGCAUCUUUAGACAUGAAUGGAUGUAACCACUCUUUUUUUUUUCUUUUUUUUUUGUUUGUUUGUUUGUUUGUUUGUUUUUUGUUAAUAAAACCACUGUUUGCACCUCAGGUUAUUUAAUUUGGACGUUUAAAAAAAGGGUAGUUAUACCAAAUGUGAAAGUGAGGAACUGAUCAGAGAUGGCAGGGGAAGAGCAGGGAUAAGGAAAUGUUUUAUGUGAUGGACCCAUUUGUGGAAUCAAAAGCUGCAAGAAAAUCUGCAUCAGAAGAAAGGUGAAAGUUCAGGGGCAGGUUCAGAGUUAUUUAGAGUUAAUUAAUAAUAUUAUGUGUUUCCACUUCAUCAAGCCCCAUUUUCUUUAUAAAAACAUUUGAAUUAAUAGUCUGAAUUACGCCUGAGGUGCACGCAAAACUCACUGCACAUUCUUUCUUUUUAGUAAACCGGAGUUCACGGCUUUUGUGCGUGCUUGUUUAUACAAUCAUGUUCAGCUCAUUUUGGGUCUUAUGUUGCCCUGUCACUUUCUUACAUUCAAGUCCUUCAUGCUCGGUGUACAAACUAUUACACUAUAGCAAAGCCAAGAAUUUAAUGCUUAAAAAAAAAGCCAUAUUCGCCACUUAAUUUGUCUCCAUUGCUGUUAUACACUAAAUGGGUGUUUCUGUUCAACAGUUUAAAAUGUCCUUAAACAGCAAAAAAGAUUAAACAACUUUUUUAAUUUAGUUUCUUUUUAUUUUUUAACUUUUUUUUUUUCCAUUCCAGUUUUUUUUGUUUGUUUGUUUUUGUUUUUUUUAAACACUGAUGCAGUGUCCCAAAUAUAUAUAUAUAUAUAUAUAUAUAUAUAUGCAUAGACCUCAGAAGCAUUUCUAGCAGAAAAUGUGCAGGUUACAAAUGUGAGCGACUGCCAUCAGUCAGUUUGGUAAAUCAUUGUGGUCGUGAUGUAUCAAUACCAGGACCAGUAACAGACUAAAUACGCUCUUGUCUGUGUGCAGAUCUGGAGAAGUGACUGUCUGCAGUGUUGGACUGUGCUGAUGUACUAUCCAUAACUGAACAUGCAAAUGUGACUGCAUUUGUUUAAACUGCCACUCGGGAGUUGCUCAUUGUUGUCGAACAGGUCUCGAUGCAUCUCUGCACUCGGUAUCUGUUCUUGUUCAUUCGACAGCUCCUCGUGCUCGAGUUCAACACUGUUUAUAAAGCAGAAGAAUAAAUAAAUGUACAUUUACCUUAGAGCUCCUUAGCUUUGCAUAAACGUUAGUAGACAGACUGACUUAUACAGUUUUAAUACGGUGUGUUAGAUUUUAUGCUUUGACUUUUGUCAGUGAAUGACAUUUUGUCUUUUACUCAUCAAGGGUGUCUAAUUGCAGCAAAGUGCUCUAUUUUUAAGAGUGCAAUUUAAAAAAUAUAUAUAUAUUGUUGGUUGUUAAAAUGUGUACAGAUUGUUCUUUUCAAAAUUAAUUACUCGUAGUACCUUUUGUAUGCAGUUACUUUGAGAAAGUAACUGUGCUUAAGCCGUACUUUGAACUUUUUCUGAACGGUAAGACACGUGUUUACAUAACUGCCGUGUUUACAGGUCGGUGAUGAAAGGAAAGAAAAUUGUGGGCUGGUUUUUGUCUCUGACGACACAGUUUUAUAUACCUAUUCUUUUAUAAAGUGAAGCACUUUGUUAAUAUUGAUGAGUCUUACUUCUGAAAUCUUUGCCAAUCUGUCGCCUGCAUAAACCGCUCUUUAAAAUCAUGAUCUGAUGCUUUAAGCGCACAUCUCUUCAGAUGUUUACAUGUGAGCAUUGCUGAGAAAAGCACAUUCUCUCCUUUCAAUGGUAUUUAAAUACCAAUGCCUUUUAUUUGUCAUGAGUCGUCGAAUUUGCUGGUCUAUGAAAUGAAUGAACAUCCUGUUGCCUACUGAAGACUAAUUAAUACAUACUUCAUUUUGGAUAUAUCAAACUUUGUUAUUGUAACACCUGUAAGUGCAUUAAAUCGAUGGCGUAUGUAAAACAUUUUAAAGGGCAGAACAAACUGUAGCUGUUAAAUCCCAAUGUGAUGGCCUAUAACACAGAAUAUAAAUGUAUGGGAAAAAUAAAGACAUGUAAAAACACUUA